CGCGCCUCGGUCGCCAGUCGCCAGCCCGCAGCCCGAGCGCGACGGACGGAGCUCGCAACCCGAGGCCAAUUCAUAAGUGAUUGUUUGCAACAUAUUUAACGUGUACGCGACUAAUGCAACUUAUCUAGUCGGAUAACAGGGAAUUAGUCUGCUCGCGUCGUACCUAUUUCAAAAUGGUGAUGUUUGUGCAAGUGUGGCGCUUUCGAGCGUAGUUAGUACGUGGCCAUGGGCUCUAGUUCCUACUUGAAGGGCCCUCCGCGAUCCUGACAUAGCAAGAAGGACAGCACGUUGGCAAGGAAAGCCACUUACCGCGGCUACAUCAGCCCAGAUAUUACCUCCCGUCUAAAUUGAAACGUUCUAUCACAUCGUACACUGUGAUCUGUGACUAUAACAAGUGCAAUAAUAUACUUUAGUGCAAUCGUUUGUACUGUCGACUGCCAGUGAAGUGAUUUGUUAUAAUUGUGGUGAAAUUAAUUGUGGACAAUGGAGCGUGAAUCAAAUCCCAUGGAGGCGUUAUGCCGGUCAGGGUGUGGCUUCUAUGGAAACCCUUCCACAGAUGGACUCUGCUCAGUAUGUUUUAAGGAGGCUCUGAAGAAGAAGCAGCAGCCGCCCGCGACGACGCCGUCGCCGGUGGCGGCGCCGUUCGUGCCGGCAGCGCCCGCGCUUGCGACCGCCCCCGCCCCCGCUCCCGCGCCUGCGCCUGCGCCCGCGCCCACGCCGCUCGCCGCCGCCGCGCCCACCGUGCCCUGCCUCGCCGCCCAACCGCAGCAGCACACAGACAAAUUGGAAGAUGAGAGUGGAGCGGGCACGAGCGGCGCCAGCACGACGUCCGACACGGACGCGGACGACAAGGACCCCAGCAAGGAUAAGAAAAAGAAGAACAGAUGUGCCGUCUGCCGCAAGAAGGUUGGACUUACAGGGUUCGAGUGUCGCUGCGGCGGGCUGUUCUGCGCCGUGCACCGGUACAGCGACAAGCACGACUGCUCGUUCGACUACCGGGAGCUGGGCGCGCAGGAAAUCCGCCGCAACAACCCCGUGGUGGUGUCGCAGAAGAUACACAAGAUAUGAGCCCCGUCGAGUCCCGACCAUCCCGUCUAUCCUUUACUCUAAAUAAAUUGUCGAUCGAGUUUGUGUCUCUCAUUUACGUAUGUAGAUUGACUCGGCGCCGGCCGCGCCGCCUAGUAUUUAGUUUACCGGAUUCUUCGACAGAGUUUACCUUUUGACGGUUGUCGGACAGAAUUUAUCGUAAAUGGCAAUUGUUAACGGUAAAUCGGACGCGCAGACUCGAUCCAUCGAAAUUUAGAUUUAUUUGUGGCGAGAGUUUUACUUUUAAAUUUUUAUUAAAAGUUGUAGAUAAAGUUCAUUUGGGUAGGAUUUCAGGAUUAAUUUCGAGAUACGAGUAGCGUUUUGAAUAUUGUCCAUUCACCUCCAUUGUAAAUAUUAGAUAUAAUUAAUUAUAGAAACAAAUCCUAUAUAUUGUAAAAAAAUUAAAACUCCAAAAAAAGCUACAUUGUUAUGAUUCCGACGGAGAGCAUAACCUGCUUAACAUUUACGAAGUAACAAUUGUUAGCUGCUCAGCGAGCGGCGGGAGUCGCUCUCGUGUAUAUUGUACAGAAGUUAGCGAUACUACACAACACAACGACCGGCGGCACCGGUGUGCGCCGCGCGGUACUCGGCGAUACUGCACAACGACCGGCCGCGCACGCCCGCGGGCGUGAACGUCUCUGGUGUUAGUACUGGCAUUUUGGUUUGGGAAGUCGUCGCUUUCUUAUUUGUCUAACAUUGGCGUAAGUGACUAGUGUUUAGCGAGAUUGUGGUGUGUCGGAUAAGGCGAGCGUGCGCCGCGGCCGGCCUCGUCGGUCGCACGACUGGUCGGGCGACGCGACCGCCGCAGUCGUGCGACCGGUCGGGCGACGCGACCGCCGCAGUCGUGCGACCGGUCGGGCGACGCGACCGCCGCAGUCGUGCGACCGGUCGCGCGGCAGUCGGGGCGAUGCCGGCCCUCCCCCCGCACUGCUCUAUGUGUGAAAAUUUUAAGUAAGCAUAUACAUAUUAUAAGUAGUCGACACUUUAUAUUAUAGUAGGAAAGAAUUAUUUAGCUUUUUUCUUUUUAAUCACAAUAUUAUUCAAAAUUGUAUGUUUUAUUAUGUAACUUGUUCAUUUAGUGGUGAUGUUGGAUCAAUAAUACUUACGUAUCUAUUGUUUCGGUCGUUUGUCCACGGUAGACUUACUAAUUGGUUGGACUUAAUUAUUUAAUGACUUUUGUUGUAUAUUUUGUUAGGUCAUUGAUUAAUUUGGUCUUUUUGCUUGAACAUAAUCAGAUAAAAAGAUGAUGUUAAUAAUGAAUGAUUUUUUCUUCUAACUUGCUGUUUUAAUUUAGUUAUUCUUCUAUUAAAGUCAUUAAAUUUUCAGGAACAUGA